CGGCGAGCAAUGUUGUGUAUUGUUAUGAUGCUGUCGGUCAGUGCAGGAGUGACGGAGGGCCUGGCUGGGGUGAGGCUUCAGACCGGCGCCUACGCCACCACAGACAGCUUCCUGCACUCCGGGGCCACCGUCCUGCCCACCCUCGAGCAGGUGAGCGUGUGUCUGCACCUGCGGCCCCUCCACCUGACGCGCGCCAUGCCCAUCAUCAGCUACAAGGCGAAGGACUCGUCGAGGGAGCUGUACCUAGGGCUGGAGGGCACGUCUUCCAGGCUGGUGUUCGAGUGUUGCGGCGGCAGCGUCGAGGAGAGCAUCGCGGUGCCCGUCAGCCUGUACGAGUGGCAGCCCAUAUGCCUCGCCGUCCACCUGCUGGCACGCAACCUAACCUUCGCCUACAGUACCAUGGUGGAGCAGGUGCCUCUAAAGGUGGACGUGUCGAGGCUCGGGAGGCGGCGGCUGGAAGUGACGGGCGGCGAGAAGCUGGUGGUGGGGCAGAACACGGACGCCCUCGAGGGAAUGUUGGAUAUCUCGCGGACCCUUCAUGGCGACGUGGCCGAUCUGCGCCUUUAUAAUGUAGCCCUCACGCUGGCACAGAUCAGGAGCUUUAUGGGAUGUCUCAAGGACGACCUGCUCCUCCAGACAUCAGCGCUGGUAAGCCUCGAGCAGGGAAGCUUCGAAGCGCGCGGCCCCACCGAGGAGAUGGAGGUGGCGGCGGCCGAGGUGUGUGGCGGCGGCAGGAAGAGCUUCGCGAUGCUGUUCCCGCAUCAGAAGAACUUUAAUGACGCCUUGACCUGGUGUGAGAAGCUUCGCGGGGCGCUCGCCCUGCCCGCCAGCGGCCCCGAGAACCAGGACAUUUACAACAGGUUCGUGCGGUUCAGCAGGACGUGCCAGGACAUGUGGCAGGCGCUGUACUGGGUUGGGGCGCGUGGGAACUUGGAGGACAGGCGGUGGGUGAACCUGAGGGACGGGCAGCCCCUCACCUGGCACAACCUGACCCUCGCCUCCUCCAGCGUCACCCAGCAGUACCAGUGCAUCCUGGCAGGUGGCGAGCAGUUCCCCUAUGAGUGGUACCACGCGCCCUGCAGCGUCAGCGCCUGCACAGUGUGUAACUUCACCACCUACCCAGAAAUACACCUCCGCGGGCUGUGCCACUCCUCGCUGUUUGACCGGUCGCUGUUCCUGCACGACUACUUCAACAAGCAGCCGCUGUUUGACGGCGCCGUGCACAGCCGCGUGGCGUGGGUCAACGGCAGCUGGAUGAUGGAGAGCCGCCUCUACCCUGACCUGAGGGCCCGCAUGCUGGAUCAAGUGGAGUACCCCGUGGGGUUGCACAAGUGGCUGGUGGAGGGCGACAAAUGCCGCCACAAAGAGGUGGAGUUGCUGCUGACGGGCUGCAGGAAAAACGAGUUCACGUGCGACGACGGCACGUGCAUCGACGCGUGGCGACGCUGCGACUUAGCGACGGACUGCCCCGACCACUCCGACGAGCUGACGUGCCGGGUGGUGAAGGCCCCGGAAGGCUACAACCCGUCCCUGCCGCCGCCCCGCCUCUCCUCGGGCCCCGUGCCGCUCUACUUCCACCUCAACAUCACCUCCGUCACCAACUUUGAUGUGCAGACGUUCAUGCUGGGCGUGGACGCCAUCCUGACGCUGCGCUGGAACGAGUCCCGCGUCACCUUCCUCAACCUGCAGGCAGACCCGCGCCGCAACAAGAUCAAGGACCAGCACACGCUCUGGAUGCCCACGCUGCAGCUCACGGACGGCACCAACAGCUGGGUCAAGGCCAGCAGCAACGACGGCAGCGACCUCUACGUGCAGCGCCUCACCCCGCCCGAACCAGACGACGACUCCCACCGACAUGAAGAGGACACGUACACCGGCUCUGAGAACAGCCUCGUGUACCAGCUGCACAGGUCCAUACACUUCCGCUGUGACCUGGACCUGCAGUGGUACCCGUUCGACAGUCAGCGGUGCCACCUCUACUUCACCAUAAAGGACCUCACGGACUCCUCGGGCAGACUGGUCAAGGAUGGACCAGGCCUCGAGUUUUCGGGGACGCGGCAGCUGCUCGAGUACAACCUGGUGAACGAGACCCUUGUGGAGGUGACCGAGAGCCAGGUCACCUCCAUGAAGCUGAGCCUCAAGUUCAUCAACCUGUACAAGUAUUACGCCAUGAACGCCUUCCUGCCCAGCCUAAUGAUGGUCGUCAUCUCCUACUCCACGCUCUUCUUUCACCUGGACGACUUUGAGAACAGGAUCAUGGUUUCCCUGACCUCCCAGCUGGUGUUGGCUUCCUUCUUCAGCCAGGGCAGCCUCACCAUCCCCAAGACCUCGUACCUCAAGCUCAUCGACGUGUGGUACGUGUCCCUCAUCUCGCAGGUGUUUGUCGUCAUCGUCUCCCUCGUCCUUGUUGAAGUUCUCCGCCAGCGAGGACUGAGGACCCCAGACGGCAUCAAGACUGUGCAUGUGACUCCUGUAGACUCCCUGAAGAUGCGUCACAGCUUUCCUGAUUCCUCUCCCAUCAACAAAGCCAAUAGACUCAAUACCAUCUUCAUAUUCCUCGUCCCUACCAUUUUCUUUUCAUUCAUUACGUACUUUGCAGUGGCAUGUGUGAGAGGUCUGAAAUCCUAAAUGUCCUCUUUGGUCCACUUCAACUUCUUUGUCAGACUCGGUAUCUUAUCAAAAGUAAGAUGUAUUCUUUAAAUCUGUAAGAACAGUCAAAUCACCUACCAUAGGCUAAUACCAUUCCAUGCAGUUUCAUUUAUCAAGGCAGACAAGAAGUUUUUUCAUGAAUGUUGAGCUGUUUGAGGGUAAUAAAAAGUAUUGCAAGUAGUUCUGCAACAAACCUUUACAAUCUUCAUUACUGAUUCUACUAUACUGCACCUUCAUAUAACUGGUCCUGCAUCUCCCCUACACAGAUUGUCUGAGGAAGGCUCUUAAAGGUAGCUAGAUGGCAAACCUCUUCUAUAUUCACAUUAAAGCCAACACGACGAGUAGGAGAGCUCGCCUUAUUAGCCCUGCAGAUGCACUUUAUGCAAACUUUCCCUACUCGUUGACACUAUAUAGUUCUGUAACCAUUCUCUCAAAAAAAUGUAUGGAAUUAGGCAAGAUCCUGUACUUUUAUGUAAAUGCACCAACUUAAAUUAAUCACUGCCUUUUUUUUUACAGUAAAGAAAGUAGCUCAACGGAAAAAAAAAAAAGAGGAAAACGCCCACUAAUCACUGACGCUAUGAAAAAGGGUUUAGAAGAGUGGCCAACAGAGGUCAAUUUCAGGAGGAGAGGUGUCUCGAUACUCUCCUCUUGAAAGAGUUCAAGUCGUAGGCAGGAGGAUAUACAGAUGAAGGAAGAGAGUUUACCAGUGUAAGGGAUGAAAGAACGAAGAUGCUGGUUAACUCUUGCAUACGUGAUUUGGACAGUAUAGGGAUGAGCUAGAGUAGAGAGUCAAGUGCAUCAGGGCCCCGGGAGGAGAGGAGGCAUCCAGUUAGCAGGUUCAGAAGAGCAGUCAGCAUGAAAAUAUCAAUAGAAGAUAGAAAGAGAGGCAACAUGGUGGCAGAAUUUAAGAGGUAGAAGACUCUUAGUAAAAGAAGAGGAGUUGAUGAGAUGAAGAGCCUUAGAUUCUACUCUGUCUGAGAGAGCUGUGUGUGUUGAGCCCCCCCACACGAGAUGCAUACUCCAUACGAGGGUAGACAAGGCCCCUGUAUAUGGAUAGCAUCUGGGAGGGGGAUAAGAACUGGCAAAGACGAUACAGAGCACUAACCUUUACUAAUACUUAUGCAUAACCACAGACAGAGUGGACUAAUUCUAAUCUGGUAUCCCUAAAAAUAAACUUUUGUCUAGAAUUUCACCCACAUCUGAAGGAGCCAUGAGAGCAAGGGUUCAAGUAUGACUACACUCCCAGUGCUUGAGACAUACUGUUGGACUUUACAUCAAGGGUACACAAGGUUACCAAACAACAAAAAAACAUGAGGGAAUUCCAUAUCUAAUUUCACCACAAAGAAGUAAUAUUAGUACUGUACACUAAGACUAGCAGAGUAACUGUGUUUCAUUUCAACAGAACAUUAUUCAAGUACAGUAUUUACAAAGACAUUUCAAAUAUUAUAGGUUAAAAAAAUUACCAUGAAAUACACAAAGUUUGUUUCUUACAUUACUUACUGUUGCUAGGAUACAAGCAGUAGUCCUGAACUGUGACUUUGACAUUUGUAGAAGUCUUGGUAAACAGCUUAAGACUUCAGGGUCAACACUGCUACAUCACUGGAAAAAUGGCCCUUAACAUAUCGGUAUAAAAUCGUAGUCAGGGAGAGAACAUUCUCUUGUCUCACAUCUCAAGCACAGAAAUAAUGAAAAUUUUACCGAAGUAGAAUAAAUAAUUAAAAGAGAAAACAGGGUGAUUAGUCAAGUCAGUCCAGACCUACUGUUACCUUCUCUCUCUAACACAUGUACAAGGCUACAUACAGGUGAUAUAUGUGUAGUGGCAGGGGGUCCCAGCCCGAGUGACAUGGCUGAUGUCACUUGUCACCUCACAUUAAUAAAAAUAAAGAAAAGAAAGUAACCAAAAUGAUCCAGAUACAGGUGCCUCCCCAGAACAACAUACAUACAGAUUUUUAAAUUAGAUAUAAAAAGUCAUUGAAAAAUAUAUAAAAUAAUUAAAAUGCAGGAUUUUAUUAACAAGUGCAGUUUAUAAAACUCAGGGAACACUUUAGUUAGACAGGAUGGGUAGUAGUACUUUGUUCCUUUGUUAGAAGGUUCUGUGGUACUCAGGAAGAGACACUGGCUAUGUGUGUGUGUUGCCUCCUGGGCCAGGGCCAGGUGAAGGCAGAGUAAGGCUGGGUGUGGCUAUUCACAGUGUGUCAGAACUUUAGUGCUCAAGAAACAAAAGUAAAAGGUUUAAAUAUUUCCAGUCAUAACCAGCAGAGCACACGGAACAUGCAGCACCACCUCCCCUAGCACUAAGUGUCCAUUUUUCCCUGGCAGGUGGCUGGGCACUACAAAGUAUUAAGAGUGAAUGAGAUUUUCCAUGAAUGGAAAUGCCAACUCCUCCAUAAAAGGAUAACCGAAUCAUACAUUACACUGCUUUGCUCCUGGACAACUAGUGACUGCUACUUUUAUAUACAAAAAUAUAACAUAAGUAGACAAAGCACUACAACUCACAAGAAUAAAUAUACUUCAAAGGUAGCAAACUGAAAUACAAAACACUCAAUCCACUCGCAAGUUGCCUCUCUGAGCAGCAUCUGUUAUGGAGCUCUGUUAAGUAUGUCACCAUUUCAGCUGAAAGAAAAAAAGCACAGGUUGCCCAACAAAACUUCCUGCAAUUUGUCAAAUAUUCACAGAACAGACUGAACACUCACCACAUGAUUUAUGAGAAAUGAAAAAAAGGGGGGGCUAUAUUUUAAGACCCAGACAGUGCAGGCCAGCCAUGGGCCGUGAUGUAAGCAGAGGUACACAGAAUGAGCUGUGUUAUCUCCACUCCCUCCUACAUGAUAACACAGCAAUGCUGCCUCCACUUCACCUAAAGGUGGGUUAGAACCAAUCCUCACCUAGUUCACCAGUUAGAUAAAUAAAUGGCGAGUUUUCAUGGGACAGAUGGGUGACCAAGGCAAUACCUACAUACUGCAUGAUACACAGAAUAAUACUGAGGAUCAAACACAAAAUACACUAGUGGAUAGAUGAAGGAUGUUGUGUUGGUAUGUUCCUACGUUUCUAGCCCGUAGCAAUAACCCACACUACCUCAGCCUUCGACACUAACACCCAACAUGUCCUUGAAUGGGUAAGAGAAGGGAAGAGGGAACGGAUGGGGGUCAAAGGUUAUUGCAUUUAUAAUGAUAGGUGAUGACUUGCCAAUGAUCAAUGGCAGUAUGAACAACACACAAUGGGAUGACAAAAGGUAUCAGGUGGGCAGAGUAACUAACUUUCCAAAGCUUGCAGCAGUGACUAUUGCCAUCAAGGGAGAACAAUUAGUGAACUGUUGGAGCGAACUUCUACAGGUCCUCGGAACACUGUCUAGGAACGCAAAUAUGUGUGUGUGCGUGUGUGUGUGUGCGCGUGUGCGUGUGUGUGUGUGUGCAUAUAUGAGUUUGUCUGUGUGCAUAUGUAUGUGUGCACAAAGAACAUGCACAUGGAGGCACCAGCCCUGGACCCUCUUUCUUGUUGAAUAAUUAAAGAAACUAAUAUUGAUAAUAAAUUACACGUACCAGAUAUUUAUAUUAAUUUACAUUUCUCUUACACAGUCAUGCCAUCUGUUUGUUAGAAAAAGAUUCUUCAACAAGUCUCAUAUAAUAUGCAAUGCAUCAUUAAGAGCUGUCCUUACUACUAAAUUGAUCAUCAUAGACAUGGGGGUUCACAUAGCAAAAUAUAAGCAACACAGGUCUCAAUACAUAACAUAAAUUUUAGUGUAUACUCAUCAGCAAAUUUGCUUUGACAUCAAAUCACCGAGGGAGUCGCAAAUCAUUGACAAAAAUUAAUGUAUGCAAUGCUAUUCAUAACUUUAAUGAUAAUCAGAUUUCUUGAGCCUUGAACCGUUAUUAAUGAAGUCAACAUUACAAUUACACAAUUAUGUAAGAAAAUAAAUUAUGAAAACUUUCCACUUCAUAAUAAAUAUCUUACACUUACGAAAUUUCAAUAAAAAGCACUCGGAAGCAUGUCAUUCACUCACAUUCAACCUUUUUAAUACAGGAAAGAUGUACAUAAGACCUCACCACAUCCUGGCACUGAGGCUACUUAUUAUAAGCUUCAAGCACUGGUGGAGAAAGUGAGGUCACCCCUUCAGUAGCAGUCUGCAGUAUUGCUUAGGUCAGCAGGGUAAAUGGUAGUAUUAAAGAUGUCCAGCACUGGAUAACACACCCAAGGCUAGAAAAGACAUAACUCCUCAUUUCUCACCUAGGUUGCUAAGUAUCUAAGAUUGAGGUAAAUGGUCUAUAUUCUAAAUCAUUCUAGACUACAAUGGAAGGAACCCUAUCAUUAACUAAGAGCUUAACUGCCUUGCUUCUCUAUCAAACACAAGCCAGUCGAUAAUAUUGCCAAGACACUUUUAGCUCCACUACAGACAGGGACUGGUUAGCAGGUCUGCCCCUUGAUGGAUGUGGUCAUCUUAACACCUUCCAGAUUACCAUGCUCCACCUGCAUCUACAAGGGGCAGGUAUGCUCUCCACAGCCUCACUUCUCUUCCCUUCCCCUUGAGUUACAUUGUGGUAGCAUUAAUCCCUGCAUUUUGUAACAGAAGCCUCACUCACAUGUCACUCCACCAUCUACUCUGCAUAACUGUAAUACACUCCUUAUACCAAACACAUCCAAGGCUCAAAACAUCUGACAGCAUCACAUUUUGAAAAAGUAAUGCCUAUAAAGGUUGUAGUGAGGGUAGGUAAUGCCAACUGUUGUUGGGAAAAUAAUGGGAAUUGUGUAAUAAAAUAGACUUAUGUUUACAUUAUCAUAUGAAGGUAUAAAAAUAGUCACUUUGUAAGGAGGCUUCUUUGAUAGUACAAAAAAGCCCUCACUGUUUUUAGCAAACUUGGAUUAUCUAUUUCUGCAAAUUACCUAUAUUUCAUUAAUGAUGAGUUAUUUUUUAAAUGAACAAUACUAAUGUAAAGAAUAUGAAAAAAAUAACACUUUGAGUGCAGUAAUUAAGAAGUGCAGAGGACUUCAUUGUCCUCCGAGCAGUAAAGAUGAAAGAUUUUGUCUUCUCUCAGUAAGCACAAGACUAAUCAUUUUCCCAACAACACUUGACACUGACAUAUGCCUACUAAUAUGAGCAAGAAGUGAAUGGUUCGUCAUAUGUACAGAUAAAUAUAAGAAUGUAAACCGUCCCAUGAUUUAAAUGUCCAUGUGCAAGUCAGAGGAUUUCUCACACCACAGGGCCAACUUCCACAUUAACCCUAUAAAGACUAGUCAAGAGUUGUAAGUUCACCUCACCAGCAGUCUAUCUGAGUUCUGGUUAUCCACUGCAACCCUGUGCUACUUCCACUAUCAACUUUAUUCAGGCUUUUCCUUCCUUAGUGGUUCAGACCCCACUGUUUGUGUGUGUGUGCCACGCCAUUACUUAGGAGGGUGAGGGCUGUCUGUCUGCCUGUGGUACAAGGCCCAGAAAAUGGUCAUGUUUCACAGCAUGCUGGUCCACUUUAGCAGAUAUUGGCAGGCUUGGUUACUGUGCACAUCUUUGAAGUUUCACUUACAUACACACACACACACACAUACACAAACGUACCCACGCACACAGCACACGUACACAUGCAAGUCCACAUGCAUGCAUGCACCCACACACACACACACACACACACAUGCAUACAUGCACAUCCACAAACACGCACACACCCACACCCACACAUACACGCACCCUCCACGCACACACAGGCAUGUAUGCAAGUAUGCACGAAUGCACACACACACACACACACACACACACACACACACACACACACACCUCUCAUUAGAAAA